CCGAGUCCAGCGAGUGCUACGCUGCCCCCAGAGUCCUGGCCCGGUGCCGUGCAGUCCAAGGGGCUGGAUGGCAUGCUGGACCCAAGCUCAGCUCAGCGUCCGGGCCCAAUAACGGCUUUUCCAAGGGAGCAGCUUUCUGUCCUGGCCACACCGAGGUGCGUAGCGUAAUGUCCAUGUUGUUCUACACUCUGAUCACAGCUCUUUUGAUCGGCAUACAGGCAGAACCACACCCCGAGAGCAAUGUCCCAGCAGGACACUCCAUCCCCCAAGCCCACUGGACUAAACUUCAGCAUUCCCUUGACACAGCCCUCCGCAGAGCCCACAGUGCGCCGGCCGGGGCGAUAGCCGCCAGGGUGGCAGGGCAGACCCGCAACAUCACCGUGGACCCCAAGCUUUUUAGAAAGCGACGACUGCGCUCCCCGCGCGUGCUGUUCAGCACCCAGCCCCCACCCGUGGCCGCAGACACUCAGGAUCUGGACUUGGAGGCCAGCGGGGCCGCCUCCUUCAACAGGACUCACAGGAGCAAGCGGUCCUCGUCGUCCCACCCCGUCUUCCACCGGGGGGAGUUCUCGGUGUGCGACAGCGUCAGCGUGUGGGUGGGGGACAAGACCACCGCCACGGACAUCAAGGGCAAGGAGGUGAUGGUGUUGGGAGAGGUGAACAUCAACAACAGUGUAUUCAAACAGUACUUUUUUGAAACCAAGUGCCGGGACCCCAAUCCCGUGGACAGCGGGUGCCGGGGCAUCGACUCCAAGCACUGGAACUCCUAUUGUACCACCACCCACACCUUCGUCAAGGCGCUGACCAUGGACGGCAAGCAGGCUGCCUGGCGAUUCAUCCGGAUCGACACGGCCUGCGUGUGUGUGCUCAGCAGGAAGGCUGGGAGGAGAGCCUGACCUUCCAGACAGCCCCCGCCCUCCCCCAGCUCCCCCUCCUCACUCUUCGGUGCCCCUCCCUACCUCAACCUGUAAAUUAUUUUAAAUUAUAAGGACUGCAUGGUAAUUUAUAGUUUAUACAGUUUUAAAAAAAUCAUUAUUUAUUAAAUUUUUGGAAGCA